GUACAAUAAAAAGUGAAUCAGUGGGUGAUCAGUAGAUUUCAAUUUACUUUGACAUAUCAAGGCGAUUUAAUAUUUCAUGUUUUUUUUCCAAAAAGUUAGGAAUUUUUUUGAAAAUGCUCCGAACUGCGUUCAUCCUACUUUUUGUGGCUCUUUGUGCUCAGGAGUUUACGAGCGUUGCUGGUCAGAGAGCGACCACUAAAAGGGCUCCAACUAGAGCGACAACGAAAAGGCCAAAUUGGGGUCAAAACGGGCAGCAGGGUCAAGCUGGUCAAUCUGGACAACAAGGUCAAGCUGGUCAAUCUGGACAACAAGGUCAAGCUGGUCAAUCUGGACAACAAGGUCAAGCUGGUCAAUCUGGACAACAAGGUCGAGCUGGUCAAUCUGGACAACAAGGUCAAGCUGGUCAAUCUGGACAACAAGGUCAAGCUGGUCAAUCUGGACAACAAGGUCAAGACGGACAGCAGGGUCAAGCCGGUCAAUCUGGUAGACAAUCCACCACGUCUCCUCGCCCUAUACAGGCGUCAACCUUGACAGCCCAAGGGUAACUCAUUAAUCUUAAUUGUUUUUCCAGUCUUACCUAAAAUGGUGAAAUCAAGUUAUAAAAAUCCAGGCUUUUGUUCCACAAAGCUAACAAUAAAUAUAAAAUCGGCAAAUAAAUAUUCCAACUCGUGCAA